AUAAGUUGUUCGCACGUGGUCAGUAAUUUACAUUGCCCGUACUUGUUUCUGUGUGGUGUGAUUUCAGUCAAGUGAAAAAAAAAUGGCGUUUUUGUUUAAAGCCCUGCCAAUCAUGGUGCUGAUGACGUCAACCCUGGCGCAAUUCGAGGAGUACGGCUUCGAGGGCCACGGGCUGGAAGGCUACCACAAGAAAGCAGUGUCACACCACCAGCAGAGCAUCGAUGGACACCAUGAUGACUACGAUUUGGACUACCACGCGCACCCUAAAUACGCGUUCGACUACUCAGUAAAGGACCCGCACACGGGAGACGACAAGGAGCACUGGGAGACCAGGGACGGAGACAAGGUCAAGGGCACAUACACCCUCCUAGAGACUGACGGCACAAAACGCGUGGUGGAAUACGAAGCCGACGACAAGAACGGCUUCAAUGCCAUCGUGCAUAAGAUCGGAACCCCCAAGGAACACGAGGAGUACAAACCCCAGAAGCACUACGAGGAGUACAAACCUCAAAAGCACUUUGAGGAGUACAAGCCCCAGUACCACGAGUUCAAUAACUUUGAGGAUGGGUUCGUGCCGGUUGCUGGAGGAUUCGAACACUAAUAAAAGUAAAUUAUAAAUUAUAGGAUGAAAUCUUUUGAGUCUGAAAGAAGUCUACUAUGGAACGAUUAUGUGAAAAUCAUUUUAGGAGUCAUGUGAUUCUAUCAUGAUUACUUCAUAGGUUACAGUCAUUUGAUUGCAAUAGACAGCACUUAUUUUAUAGCUAAAAUUGUAGCAUCUUAUAAUGCAAGUACAUAAGCGCUAUUUUACAACGAAAAUGUCGUCUGUACCAAAUGACCUAAAUUUCGUAUCAUAGUGUGUGCUUUCAGACUGACAAGAUUUUCGCACUUGACAUACCUAGACUGUUAAAAAAUAAGCCCAUACAUAAUACAAACGUUUCUAUUACAAAUAAUUUAUUAACAAACUGUAUUAUUUAUAAAGGACAUAAUUGCGAUGUGCAUUUAUCGGAACACUGAAAUUUUCAUUCAAAUUACUUGUAAACGUAUGGGCUCUAUUGUUGAAAUUUUAUAGAUACCUAAGCUUUAAUAGUUGUACUUAUUUGAAUGUUUUUAUCUUUUCGAAUGAUAAAUGUAUGCUUUAGCUUUUAUACAAAAUCAACGAUAAACAAUUUAGAAACGAUUUCUAAGGAAGAAUCGAAGUAUUCUCUCGAGUGGUAUAAGAAUGAGCUUUUAAAAGAAGCUGUACUGUAAUUUGCUUAAGACUGCUGUUGUUACUGUUUUCAUGUUUUAAUUAGUGUUUAAGCGUUGUACAAAACUCUUACGAUUUGAAUAAAUCUUGAAAAU